AUGCGGCGGGAGUGGAAGUUUGCUCUCCAAUUUGUCCAUCAGGCAGGUCAGCUCCUCGUUCAGUGCUCCCCGCACUGGGAGUACGAGUUCAUCGACGUGGGUAGGACGGCGGUGGGACUGGCGCGACAUGAGCGGCCGCCGGCGCAGGCGGACUCAACGGCGAUGUUUACAGUGCUUUCCUACACGGACCGACACCUCGCAGUGGUGCAGCAGCCUGAUGGUGCGACAACUGCCCCCCCGCUAGGCGCCAGCGUGCCGCUGCGUCAGCCAAGCAGGAGUAGAGGCAGUCUCAGCACGAGCCCUGCCGCAGCUAGCAGUGGGGACCAGGACGCAGCGCAGCACUCUUUCCCGAGCUCGUAUGACAUCGGCGAGCCCUCACAGAUAGCGUCAACAGUCGCGGACAACCGUGUCGACGGCGACGCGUGGUGGGGAGAGAAGUCGAAGGUGGUGGAGCUGAUCUACUGUCACCCUUCGUCAAGCAUGGGCCUCGAGGGGUUCUGCAAGCACUGUGUGCAGUUUAUCCUGCAUGACCCCCACGUCACGAGCGUCGACGGCGACACACGGCUGGCGCAGCUGCAGAUGGGCGACAAGCUUCGCUGUACCCACCGGCUAGGCGGCCACCACCGCUCCUUUCAGCUUCGCUACACACUGCGCGAUCGCUCCAAGUUGCAGGAGAGCUACGUAUACGCGAUCGGCUCCAUCGUCGGGCAGCGCGGCUACUUGCUCCGCGUGCGGUGCACGGACGCCGAGGAGCUGGAGGGCUACGUGCGGAAGGUGCUUCUACCAGCGUACACGACACCAGGACGGGCACAGUUCGGCGUCGACGUCACCUACCACAACGUCCCCCCCACGGCCUUGCUCAGCGAGCAGCAGGAGGCGUUCGGCGAGCUGCAGUACGUGGACCACAAGGCAGCCAUCGUCUUUGUGACUCCGUUGUACCCGAUGCAGGCGCUACUCGACUACUCGCCGGCGAAGACGGUUGGCGUGGGGUCCAUCACAUGCCUCACCCUGAAGCUUAGUGUAUACGAGCGGCUGCUCGAUGACACUGUCGCGGCGGAGAUUACUGGGGUCGCCAAGUACAAGGUCAGCCCUAUCAUCAUGUGCGUCGAGGUUGAGGAGGUGUCCCGCAUGGGGUACCCGAAGGUGAUGUCGACCGAGCAGUACAGUGAGCUGAAGGCGGCCCGCAUUGCGGAGGUGUUUCCGGACGCAAAAAUGGUGGGGCUCCCGACAAAUCUCUGUAUGGGUGACCGCACAGGGCGCAUGCGCACUAUGACCUUCGCCUACGAGCCGCUCCACUGCGUCGUCAAGGCGCUCAUCGCCUCAACCCUUGUCGGUAACUUAGGUGUGACAGCGCUCUACAUCGCGAAGCUCAGUGGUGGUGUUUUCGAUGCCCACCUCUACGUGUUUCAGCAACUCCUGGGUGGGAUGGAGUACCUGCCGCAGAAUAACUUCGAGAUGAGCGCGCGCGUUAGUCGUUACCGGGCGCGAAACAUUCGUCUCAUGGAGGAGGACGUCAUACACGCAUACAGCAACGACAAGCACCUCAGCAGCGAGGUCCCACUCCCGGGACAGUGCGUCAUAUCAGGCUCGCCGUCUUCGCUGUCGACCGCCACGGCCGCGUCGCUGCACCCGACGAUGUUCGUCUCCAGGGAUCCGCGCGUCGUGGCCGCGGCCCGCGAGCGCCACCUUCACUUUCUCUCGCUUGGCAACGACGGCCGCGUCGAAGGCGGCAUCGAAGCGGUGGUGCCGCCAGAGGAAGGCGGCAUCGUGCCUACUCGUCGCUCGGUGUCUGCCGCCAACACCAACGGCGGCGGCCUGCAUGAUCACGGCGGACGGCAAAGGGGAUCUAAGGCGGACGGCACAGGCACACUGGACACCGAAGCCACCCGAACAUCACUGUUUUCAGCCUCAAUGCUCACGACGUCGCUUGACAGCGGCACGUUCAUGGCGGUGGCGCCACCGGCGUCCGCGUUCACCGCCGCUGAUAAGGCUGGCGACUCAGCGGACGAAGGGAUGCAUGACCCCUCGGAUGCGGACUUCUCUUCGUCCGCGCACAGCAACUCACGCAUUAGCGUGGCCAACAUCUCCCACCUGCUCGAGAGCGGCUCACCCAGUCUAGCGGGUGACCACAAUGACAGCGAGGACGCUAUGAGCGGCGCUAUGGGUGAUGCUCAUGACGUUUCUGCGUGUAGCCGUGUGGAGGCAUUCGACUCGGUUACCCCGGCUGGCGCCACUACCGCUGCGUCUGCCUCUGCGGCUCCAACUGCAGAGUCGGUAGCCGGCAGCCAUCCGCCCGCCUCCAUCACCUCUGAGGGUGGUGGCGACGUCGGGACAGGCACGACGGUCCAUUGUCAGAGCGGCAGCAGCAGCGCACUGGUUCCUAGCCACCUCUCAAGUGCCGCGACGGACGCUGGCGCCAGAGAGCCCCUCGUCACCCCGCUCGUCACCUCUGCCUCUGCGCUGCCCACCACCAAACUCUCUGAAGUGAGCGGCGGCGGCGGCGGCGACAGCGAUGCGGUGGGUUGCAGUCUGGAUGAAGCAGAAAAGUGGGGCACUACCCCCGUUCCUGAGGCCUGCGAAGGUGACACGACCGCUGCUGCGCGGCUGGAGCAGCAGCAGCUCUACAAGCAACUGAUUGGCAGUGUCGCCCCUGCGGUUCAGCAGGCUUUGCGUGAGGCGGAGGGCGGCACCCUCUAUGGUCCAUCUCUUCGCGAUGUCUACGCCCGUUGCUGUGAGGCGCAGCAGUGCCGCCCGAACAGCUACUUGAUGCUCAAGCUCCCGGUGCAGCCGGAGUUCACGUAUUCCAUCGAGGAGAUCGACCUCAGCGCCAACUACGUCGGCCACAACGGCUUCGUCGCCGUGCUGCACCUCCUCGAACACUUGCCUCGCCUCCGUGUUGUGUACUUCAACAACAUGGCCUUGGAUAACGUGGACGCGGAGAGCCUUUGCUACGUGCUAGCCACGAACCACACUGUGCGUGAGGUGCACCUGGAGCACAACCCCGGCAUCUCGCUGCCCUCUGUGCGGCACUUCACCGCCCUUCUGCGCAUGAACAGGCGCAUUGAAGUUCUGAGGUUGGCAGGGACGCGUCUGAGUCCGACGCUGAUUGUGAAGUUGGAGGAGGAGGCGAGCCACUCGCGGGAUUGA